CGCAGCUCUCUGAACCGCUCCUCUCCGAACCGCUCUCACGCUCUCUGGUUCAGAGAACGGUUUUUGCUUUGGCUGUGGCUCGAGCGCGAGAAUGUGAGUUAGUAACCAGCCGUAACUUGAGUACGGUGCACCCCAGAACCCAAUAGCUGAACCGCAGGUUCCCGCACUCCGGAACAAUGUCUAAAAAGUACCCGAACCCAGUGACCAAGCACUUCAUCUACAGCGAUAGGACGCGGAAGAGUACCUGCAAAAGGUGCCACUUCGACAUGGCAGGUCGCCACUCCGAGAAUCUGAUGCGGCACCUGAAACGCAAGCACGAGGAUGCCUACAAAACUGUUCUGGACGAGAAGGGAGAAAUCCGUGCGGCACUUGCCCAGCAGCAGGCCAACAAAGACGCAGUCAAUCCGACGAAGAAAGUCCUGUCAUCUAAGUGCCAAUAUCCAUUGACACGAAAGAAGACUUUCAUUACCGAGGACGACGACUCCCAGCUUAGUGCCAUGGAAACCAUGGUGAUGGUGAAUGGUGAACAGACCGGGGACGUGGAUAACAAGAACAACGCUACAGAUAGUCAGUUCGAGGGCGUUUUUAUUGGGAAAUCGGAGAUACCUGACGAGGAGUAUCAGUGGAAAAACUCCGCAAACAUGGAACUGACUACAAGCGAAUCCAGCGUCUGUGUGGCCCCCACUUCCACCACUGCUCGUGCCAAGUCUCCAGGUAGAGCCGCAUCUUCGGCUGCUUUAGACAAUUCUUCAGGCGACGAGGACUACUUCCUCCGCUAUCUCGGCAGCAAAUUGGGCAAAUACUCCGCGCGCACGAAGAACACAGUCCAGUUUCAUAUUAAUCGCAUCCUGUACAAGGCGGACAUGGGUCACUUUGAAGAAACAGAUUCCAGGACGGGCGAUGCCGACGACGCCUCCCCGUAGCGUCUCUAUGCUGUACAUAUGUUUCUUAACGCUUUGCUGUAAAUAAAAAUUAUCUCACGAGUUGUCAAACACCUAAAAAA